AUGGCCAGGCAGGGAUCGGAGGUUGGAACAUGCCCGAGCACUCCCAGUUCCGUCACUGCGCAAGGGUCUCGAACUGCAUCGAAGUCCAGCUCAAGCAAAUUUCCCACGGAGCAGGUCACGAUCGAAGAGAAGUUCGAGACUGAUUUCUCCGAGUAUAUCAAGGAGCGAAGCUCGUGGAGGAGCUGGAAGCUGGGUGCUGUUGGUGCUGCAAUGGGGGGUGCAUUGGGUGUCGCCGCAUCACCGCUUGUCGUCCCGGGGCUUGCGUUGGCGGCUCUCGUGGGCGGCGCCGGCGGCUACCAGUGGGCAAGAUAUUGGGGCACUCAGGAGCUCCAGCACGAGACUGGGCACCACCCUGAAGGCGAUACGCAGCUACCAACGUUGCGGCGCUUGAAGUUCAUGGUGAGGUGGAGCCAGUGGCAGCUGAAGGCCUACGAGACAGCCUCCGUCGAGGCACGCAUGGCGGUGCUGGACGAGGUGACGCGAGCCUUUGCUCCGUGGAUCCAAAGACUGUAUCUGCUGCGUGCCCAGCCGGAGCCAUGGAUGGUUGAGGCGGAUGUGGCGGAAGUCCAAGAACAUUUGGCACCGCUCUUCUUUCUACUGCACCGGCGACUUGUGGUGGAAACCAUCGAGGCGGCCGCUAGCUCUCUCGGCAAGGACUUCGAUCAGAGCACCGUCGAUGGUGCGGGCGCAGACCGGGCGCGGGUGGUGUUCCCGAUCAUGCUGGAGACCAUCUCCACGCUGGAUCGGCUCAGCCCCGUGGCGCAUGCUCAGCUACUCAAGGUGUCGCAGGCUUCCGCCAAGCUGCAGGCGACUUUCAACGACCAGCGUGUGCACCGGAGGCGCCGUUUGCAAUUGAUCGUCGGCGCCGUUUGCAAGGUGAUAGAACGAGCAGACGUGAAGCAGUCGCUGGAGGAUCCCAAGUUCUGGGCACACUUGCAGAUUCGCCCAGCUCCCACGUUUCCCUCCGCCGCCGCCAUCGCCCACAGCACUUCCGACGAUGAGACGGUUUCAAGCCGCGCUUCGUCCCCUGCACUGCAGUCCGCGACAGCGAGGCGGGGAGUGACUCCGCUUGAGCUGCCGCCGCAUGGAGCCGAAGAUGAGGUGGCAGGUGAAAACGACGAAGCCUUCUUCUCUUUAAGCGACAACUCGGACGACGAGACGGCGCGAAGACGCCCAAAGGCGGCGCGGAGCCGGGUCAAAGCACCUCGUCGCAGCUUUCGCCAGCGCAGCGAGCUUUGUCCUCGCGGUCACCUUCCGAAUUCCUGGAAUCGAGGUGACUGCAGACACUGGCGAAUUCGAUCGGAAACCUACUUCCGUGAUCGGCGAAAACUUCCCUGUGCAGAGACCAUGUUGGAACUGGUAAACUGCGAUUGGGUUGCCAUCGGUGAGGAUGGUCCUGUCACUCGCGUCUCGACGCAUCCGGACUUCUAUCCGGCCUGUGCCAGAAAAGAUGGCGACAAGCGCUUUCUCCUGGUCACGAACUUCGUGCUUGGAGACUACCAGGCCAUCAUGACGAUGGCGUUGAACCCGGACGCUGCGUGGGUGAGCGAUGACAGCUCGCCACAGUCGCGCGUCUGGAGGAGUUUCCUGCAAGGGGACGAUGACGCCAGACGACAGCGGGUCAAGCUGAUUCUGGCAGUGGAGGAAGGCCCCUGGCUUGUAAAGAAGGCCUUCAUCAAGAAGCCAAUGUUGAUUUGUAAAUUGCUGCAAUGCAAGUUUCACCACGAGCCCAACGAUUAUCUGGAGAUCGCGUUUGAACGAGCGACUGGUGCGACAGUUGGUGUGGUUUUGAAGUCCAUGCGCGGAGCUGUUCUGAGCUGCGCGCUGCUGCUGGAGGCGAAGGAGCCAGAUGAGCUGCCGGAGCACCUCUUGGCCACUGCAGUGGCCAAUUACGUGGAUCCGGCCAAGUUCUGCGACAUCCUGCAACAGCCCGUCCGUAUUACGAUCGGCGAGGUUGGCCAGGCAGCUGCCAAUGUGCAGCAGUUCGUCGAAGUUCUAAAGAACGACGACGAGAAGUGGGCAUGGCUCUCGAAGCGGGUCGAUGGUAUGCUGCAGAAGGGCCAGUUGCUGGUCUUCGUGAAGUCCAUCGCAAGUGCGGAGGAGCUCUCCCAAAACUUCCAGGACUUCUUGGAGAAGAAAACAGAAUUCUUGCAUGGUGACCUUGAUCAAGGCGAGCGGAUGCGGAUCUUGCGCAACGUGAGGAAGCGAGUGGUGGAUGUGCUGAUUGCCACAGACGUUGCCGCACGAGGUCUAGAUCUUCCAGCGAUUGCCACCGUGGUGUCCUACGACGCCGCCAGGGACAUUGAAACGCACACCCAUCGAAUCGGCCGCACCGGGCGCGCUGGCGCGGCAGGGGAGGCGUACACACUUCUGAUCAGCGAUGAUCAGAACAAGAAGAUGGCCGCUCUCCUAGUGGAGAACCUGGAGCAGGCGAACCAGGCCGUUCCGGAGGACCUGAAGGGGCUGGCCAUGAAGUACGGGCCCUUCCGGGCCGCCAAGCUUGAAGGGCGCACCUUCCUUGGCAAGAAGAAGGGGGCUGGCAAGGUGGAGAAGAGCGCCUUCGGGGUCGGCUUUGACGGCGCCUCGCGGCAAAAGGAGACGGUUCAGGAGCUUGCCAAGCGCCUGGACAAGGAGGCGGACCAGUUGGCCGCGCUCAACCGGCAAAAGAUUUCCGGUGGAAUGAGGGCAGGUCCCAACAGGAUGAUGGUGAAGAGUGGUUUCGUGGCCGCCGCAGUGGCCGAAGCUCCAAAAGAUGCAGCAAGUGAGGGGCCCAAGAAGGAUGAGGAAUCUUCUGAUGAAGACCUCUUCGCUCCCGGCGUCACCAGCGCUUUUGGUCGGCCCGCAAAAGCUAAGGCUCCUGUGCCGCCAACGAGGUCAGGUCUGGGCUUCACAUUUCCCCCGCAGCCGCCGCAGCAAAGUCAAAUGGGCCAAGUUCAGCCGCCGCAAGUCAGUCCGCAGCCGCUCCCACAGGUGGGUGCAGCGGCGAUGCUCGCUAUGAGCGCCUUGCAGAGGUCUACCUCGCCUCCACAAGGCUUUAGCGAUGCGCCGCGUGGCUUCAGCGACGGGCCCCUCGCGGCUCAAAGUCGAAAGAAAAGUCGAAGCAGGUCCCGAGGCAGGCGAAGCCGUGAUAGGUCGAGGUCGCGGAGACGCAGCCGCUCAAGGAGAAGGCGGCGGAGGUCGCCUUCCUAA